AUGUCAAUGGGGAUUACAGGAGAAAAGCCAAGUUUUUUUAAGUUUCAGGACGACAUCCUUCGAGAAGAGCUUCUCGGCAUGGAUGUCGUCCUCAAUCAGUGCCAGGUAGCCAUCAUGGAUGGUGAAGUACCGAAGUACUCUGAUCUCUGCACAAAACAGUGCAUUGGCAAGGUUUCCUUGCCGAGGGAUGCCUUAGCCCUACUCACGGAUGAGGAAAUAUAUGGCAUAGGAGUCAGUAUCAAAGAAAAGCUCAACGAAGAUGUCACCAAAGAGACAUAUCUAGAUAUUAAGGAAGACCCUUUUGAUUAUACAGAUAAAGGAGGGAUGAAUGUGAGCAAAGUAAAAACGUGGAUCUUCAAGAGCUCAGACUUCACUGACACAUGCAGUAUAUCAAGGCACAUGAAAGCACAUACAAAAAAGAAGCCAUACAACCGUAAAAUUUGCAAUAAGACCUUCUCAGGGAAAGGUCAUCUAAUGGAUCACAUAAGAGUACAUACAGAAGAGAAGCCAUACAAUU